AUGGCGGCGGACGGUCAGGUCUCUCUGGAGGCGACCGUGGUGAAGAGCACCGCUCGCAAAGUGCGCACGCUGAUGGGCGGCAAGAUCGCGGUCGGAUUCGCGGGCGGCACGGCGGACGCCUUCACGCUGUUCGAACGGUUCGAGGCGAAGGUGAAGGAGUACGGCGGUGACCUGACGCGUGCGUCGGUGGAACUGGCAAAGGAAUGGCGUUCCGAUCGGGUCCUGCGUCGACUGGAAGCGCUGCUGGUGGCCGGGGAUGCGCACACCACGUUUCUGAUCACCGGCAACGGCGACGUCCUGGAGCCGGACCAUCCGGUCGUCGGGAUCGGUUCGGGAGGAGCGUACGCCGCCGCCGCGGCACGGGCGUACCUGGAAGCUUCGGACUUUCCGGCUCGCGAGAUCGCGCGGCGGGCGAUGGUGAUAGCGGCGGACAUCUGCGUGUAUACCAACGAUCGGAUCGUGAUCGAGGAGGUUUCGCUUCAAGGUGAGAGUUGA